AAGAACAAUGAAGCACGUAAAUUACAUAAAGUUUAUUGAGCAAAAAAUUAUUUGGUCAAAAUUGAGGUUAUGUAUUAAACACGUAUACAUAGACAGUGCUGAAAUAUGGACAGGAACAAGCACUGAGUGUUAAAGUUUAGUUCUUCCUGAAGUUUUAAUUAAUCAGUUGAAAAUGAAGACGUUUAUAUUCGUCGUGCUUCUAAUUAGCUCUGCAUGUGCCUGGGACUCUGAGCAGUUGGAAGUAUUUGAUGUUGUUGAAGAAGUUAAAGAAAAUUUCUAUGAAAUGCUAAACAUCACAAAAGAUGCAGAAACUUCCAAAAUACGAUCUGCCUUUAGAAGACUAUCUGUUCUUUGGCAUCCCGAUAAAAAUUUAAAUGAGGAUACAUCAGAGAAGUUUAGAAAUUUGGUAUCAGUUUAUGAGGUAUUAAAGGAUCUAAAGAAAAGGGCAUAUUAUGAUGAAGUUUUGGUGAAUGGUUUACCUAACUGGAAAUCUGCUAUGUACUAUUACAGGCGGGUGAGAAAGAUGGGUAUUAUUGAAGGCUACCUAAUUGUUUUAUUUUUGUGUACAAUAAUUCAAUACAUAUGUGCAUGGGCUUCAUAUUUUGAAAAGAAAUACACACAAGAGCAGUUGUUGAAAAAGAAGAAAACUAAGAAAAAUCAAACACCUCAGCUAGAUCCCAGUGAGGAAAUCCUAAAGCCCUCAAUGUUGAACACUUUACCAAUUCAAAUCCCAAAAGUCAUGUACAAGAUGAUCAUAUCACUGCCGGAGUUAGUUAUUUUAUUGAAAACUGUGAUGGCUGAGAAAAUGGCAAAGGAAGACAUUGUUGAGAGUGAAGAUGAACAUGUGCAAGAGUCUAAACCAAAGAGAAAGAAGCAAGGUUUCAUUAUUCCCGAGGGACCCAAUUUUGAAAUAAAAAAAACUCGUGCGUCGGUUAACAAGGAGAGUGCGACGGCUACGCCUGUUUCAGGUGGAUUUUGGAGUGACGAUGAUUUAGCGGAACUUAUUCAACUUGUGAAAAAGUAUCCUGGUGGCACGCCAAAGAGGUGGGAAGUGAUUGCAGAGAGUAUUAACAGGACUGUGGCGGAAGUUACCUUUAUGGCAAAUCGGAUGAAAACUAAUGGAUAUCGAUUGCCGAAUACCGCGGAGGAAGCCGAAAUAGAGGAGAAGGUGAAGCAAAAAACUAAAGGUGGCAAGUUGGGAGGUGCCGUCGACGAAGCUGUUUGGUCGCAGCACGAACAGAAGAUGCUCGAAGAUGCCUUGGCCAAGUACCCGAAAAGGGUCACCGAUCGUUGGGAUAGGGUCGCUGAAAUGGUUCCCACGAAAACAAAAGAAGAAUGCAUCCUGCGGUUUAAGUUUCUCGUGGAGUCCAUUAAAAAGCAGAAAGAACAAUAAGAUAAUGUGAUAUUCGCGCUCAAAUAUUCAAACAUCUUUUACAAAUGAUAAGAUUUACUACCAUUUUUAAUGACAGCGAAUUUGUGAACACACAUGGUAUUUGUAUUUAAAUAAAUUAUAUUAAACCAC